AUGGCAGACAACAACAGUUUCGACGUGAUCAUCAUCGGAGCGGGCAUCAGCGGCAUCAACGCCGCCUACCGACUACAAGAAGGAAUCCCCGACUACAAAUAUACGAUUCUCGAAGGCCGCCACGAAAUGGGCGGCACCUGGAGUCUAUUCAAGUACCCCGGGAUCCGAUCAGAUUCGGACCUUCACACAUUCGGAUUCGCAUGGGAUCCAUGGAAAGAAGACCGAUGCAUUGCGGACGCGCCCUCGAUCCUUCGGUACCUGAAAACCACAGCCGAGCGACAUGGUAUCGCACAACACGUCCAGUACGGACACCAGGUCGAAAGCAUGAACUGGUCGACCGAGCAUCAACAUUGGCAACUCGACGUUUUUGUUAAUGGCAGUGAGAAACCGAAACAAUUCUACGCUCGUCACAUUCUGCUGGGCACAGGAUACUACGACUACACGACGGGACUGGAGACAAAAAUCCCAGGCAUCCAAAACUUCAAAAACGGCCCCGUGGUCCAUCCCCAGUUCUGGCCCGAAGACCUCGACUAUACGGACAAGAAAGUCGUUAUUAUUGGCAGCGGUGCCACGGCCGUGACUUUGCUGCCCAGCAUGACGGACAAGGCCAAGUCGGUGACCAUGCUUCAACGGUCGCCGAGCUACUUUUUGCCGCUGCCCCUCGUCAUUCCGAUCGACCAGUUCAUUAAGAAGGUGUUUCCGGAGCGAUGGGCGUACAAGUUGAUCAGAUUGCGGUUUUUGCUGUUCAGUUUCUUGUUUGUUAAUUUCUGUCGAUUGUUCCCGCAGCGCGAGAUUAAGUUGCUCCGCGCGGCCACUGAGAAGGAAUUGCCUGAGAAUAUCCCGUUCGAUCCGCAUUUCGUGCCCAGGUAUAAACCGUGGCAACAGAGGAUGUGUAUUACUCCAGGAGGUGAUUUCUUCGCUGCCCUGCGCACCGGCAAAGCCAACGUGGUCACCGACACCAUCGACACCGUCACGGAGACAGGCAUCAAGCUCAAAUCCGGAGACCAUCUCGACGCCGAUAUCAUCAUCACAGCCACGGGUCUCAAGCUUCGUAUGGGUGGUGGUGCCAAAAUCACGGUCGACGGCGACGCCUACCCGGUCAAUCAGAAAUACGUGUGGCGAGGAGCCAUGCUUCAGGAUCUCCCCAAUUUGACUUUUGUCUUGGGGUAUACCGAUGCCAGCUGGACUUUGGGGGCUGAUGCCACUUCGCAACUCUGGGUUCGGCUGCUCAAGGCCGCCCGGGCGAAGAAUAUGACUAGCAUCGUGCCCCGGAUGGAUGAGAAGGACCGUGACCUUGUCCUCAACAAGCCUCUGUUGAAUCUGAAUAGUAGCUAUAUCAAGGCUGCUGAGCAGGAUCUUCCCAAGGGGGGCGAUCGUGGUCCUUGGAUCCCGAGGAGUAGUUAUUGGAAGGAUAUCUGGCAUGCAAAGUUUGGCGAUAUCCAGACCGGUUUGCAGUUUUAUCGCAUUUCAAGUUGA